AUGCAACGUUUUGGUACUAAUUGGCCGGUGGAUUGGCUUCAACAAUAUCCUCAGCUGCAUGGUGUUAUGAUUCCGGCUCCCAGUCAAGAGGACGAUAAGGUUAGCUGGAUUGAUAACAAACUUUCACGGGGUGACUUUGAGGUAAAGAGGGCGUGGAAUACUAUCCAAGAGGUGMAGCCGGUUGUGCAUUGGUCUAAACUUGUUUGGAAUAAAGCUUACGUUCCUAAACAUGCUCUUUGCAUGUGGAUGGCAUGUCAGAUGAAACUGCCAACUCAAGAUCGUAUUUGUCAUUGGAAGCAUGAACCGCCAGAUUUAAAGUGUGUUUUUUGUAACCUUGUGAUUGAAACGCACAAUCRYCUAUUUUUUGAAUGCAAGUAUUCCAGCAGUAUUUGGGACGCUAUUAAAAGGGAGGUGGGACUUCUGAAUUUUCCUAACAAUUGGGAGGAUAUUCUUCAGAGAGGGUCCACUCAUAAUUGGAGAUCUCAGUCUACGGUUCAAAAACUUGGUCUUUCAGCAACGGUUUAUCUCAUCUGGAGGGAGCGGAACAGGAAGUUCUUUGCCAAUUUCAAUCWUUCGGAAGACAAAGUUAUUACGGAGAUCAAGAUGCUGAUUCUUCAUCGAAUGGCGUGGAAGACAAGGAAGAGGAUUAGGAAUCCUAAUGGCAUGUGA